UGUGUCGCCCCAUUCACAAAGCGCAACUCGCUUGGAUAAACACCACGUUUCACAAUGGAGCAUAACAAUUUGGACUGAAAACAAGUAUACAUGCUCAUUUGCUACUUUCGAUUUCGAUUUAUUAUGGUUCCGGUAUUGAACCAUGGCAACAACACAUGCUUACACACAUUAUGUUGACGUCACAUUUUGGCAAUGGAAUGAAAGAAUUCACUACUGAUAAAUCACUACUCAUGGGAAAUCCAUUUAGAAGAAGGAAACAUUCCUAGUAAUAUUCGUUUUGGAGUGCAUAAUCAAUCAUAUUGUCCUGAAAAUACUAUUUAUCUUGCAGUUUGAAGUCCGUUAAUUCUGUUGCAAAGUAAAGUGUGUGGAACUAGAUCCCGUUGGUAUUGACAUUCUUCAAAGAUCCACUUCCGCCCUUCAGAUCAAAAUUAAUGUCGGCUUAGCGUUCCUUUAUAAGUGUCCACCAUGAGCUCCGAAAUAGAGCCGCACAUCACCAAAAAGUACGAAAUAAAGAAGCGCCUUGGAAAAGGAGCGUAUGGAAUUGUUUGGAAGGCCAUAGACAGGAGGUCUGGGGAAGUUGUGGCUGUUAAAAAGAUAUUCGAUGCUUUUAGGAACCAGACAGAUGCACAGCGGACGUUUAGAGAGAUUAUGUUCCUACAAGAGUUUGGUGACCAUCCCAAUGUCAUCAAGCUACACAAUGUGAUCAAAGCAGAGAAUGACAAAGAUAUUUAUCUUGUGUUUGAGUUCAUGGAAACAGACUUGCAUAAUGUCAUAAAGCGGGGCAAUAUUUUGAAAGAUGUACAUAAGCGUUACAUCAUGUACCAGUUGUUCAAGUCGACAAAAUACCUUCACAGUGGUAAUGUUAUUCACAGAGAUUUGAAGCCAUCAAACAUUCUCUUGGAUAGUGAAUGUGUGGUAAAAUUGUGUGACUUUGGUCUGGCUCGUUCUUUAACUCAAAUUUCAAUGGAUGAGGCUGGUGAUCCAAACUUGACCGAGUACGUUGCUACAAGAUGGUACAGAGCUCCAGAGAUUUUGCUUGCUUCACACCGUUACACUAAAGGGGUUGACAUGUGGAGCUUGGGCUGCAUCCUUGGUGAGAUGUUGCUGGGAAAACCACUGUUUCCAGGUUCCUCAACCCUGAACCAGAUAGAGCGUAUCAUGGGCUCCAUACCACCGCCCUCACGUAGUGAUAUAGACAGUUUGAAAUCCUCGUAUGGGGCAUCAGUAUUAGAGAAAGCAGCAUCAGCAGCUGGAAGACACAGGAAGUCCUUUGACGACUUGCUGCCUGACUCUCCUGCUGAUGGAACUGACCUGAUGAAAAAGUUGUUACACUUUAACCCCGACAAAAGAAUAACAGCGGAUGAGGCGCUCCGACAUCCUUUUGUUCAGAGGUUUCACAACCCAGCUGGGGAGAUCAGCCUUAAUUUUGAUGUAGUUCCUCCCCUUAGUGAUGACAUUCAGCUAACUGUAGAUGAGUACCGCAGCAAGUUGUAUGAGAUGAUUAUUCAGAAGAAGGCUGAGAGGCGACGCAGAAGGAGGGAGGAAGCGCGCAGUGCAGCGAUGCAGCAACAGCAGGAGGAGGAAUACAGACAGGAGGAAAUGGUGCACGAACAGCCACCCAAAGAGAACAUGCACUCAUCACCCAAACGUCCCUCUCCCAAGCCUGUCCACAAAUACGGUUCCCUGGGCGAGCACCCCCCUCAGCAUCAUUCCUCAUUUUCAGCAUUUGGGCGAACUGCAUCGAAUGACCACCCACCACCUGGACCUCAGAGACAGAAGGCACUGUCCAGACAAAGGAGUUGUGAAAAUAUCCAGUCAUCACAAGCGACCAAUGGGAAGGGCCGACAGACGUCCGCCCCGGCCGCGAUGCGAGGACAGGGAAGACCUGUGUCGGGUGUGCACAGAGCUCAGAGCAACCCAACCAUUACUCGGGUAGACGAGCGGGGAGGAAAUGGUGGGGGAAAUGGCUUAAUGGUGGCCAGCUCACGGAUGGUCCCAGGUCAAAGGCCCACCUCUGCCCACAACCCGCGGUCAAAACCGGCGUACGGACGUAAGCAGUUCAGCAAUGCCAUGAACAACCCCAGCAGUGGUGCUCCCAAGGCUGUGUUUGGCAGCUACUCUCAGGCCUACGGCACCAUCUCCUCAAGCAGUCUGGCAGCUCUUCAAGGACGGAAAUCCUGACUAGGACUGGAGCAGCGAGCUCCACGCCCGAGAGUUGAGGUGGACGACUAUUACGAUGAUAUGGUGCCCCACUCGCUCAGACCUCGAGAAAUGUCGAGAUAUUAUGCGCCAGAGCCGCCAUCGUACCCUCGGGAGUUUUCUCGCUACGAACAUGUUCCUCGACGCCCUUUGGGGCACAGGCAUUACUGAAAAUGACUGGAGCUCGAAGCAGUAUUUGAUUAAUGUGAUACAAACUGGACCUCGUUUUUUUCUCAUCUUCACCAACUUCGUCAGCAUUGUUCACAGAGUGAUCAACAAGCAUCAUCGCAUUGAAGUUUUCUCACAGAUUUCCUCACCUUGUGGUUUUUUUUCCUUUGUUCGAAAAGGAAAUACCAGUCAUCGUCUUUUCAACAGAAGCAGCAAGGUUAAGAGGGCCUGUCAUAUGGGUUGAAGUUGUUGGUUUUACAAUGAGAUUGACUCUCCCAGCAUGUGUUACUGACCAAUCAUAAUUCACUCAUCAAGCACCAGUGGUUUCGUCUGGUUGAUGUAAAGAACUUUAUUCUAACAUUCCGUCCGUAUAUUUUUCAACCAUUUAGAUUUUAUGCUAUAUUCAUUAUUGACUAGCCUGUAACUCCUCAACAUUUGGUAGGUUGAUGACGUAUUUGGCUGUGAGUCAUAUUUUUGUGUUCGUUUCCUUUAAUAGCUUAGUUUUUGAGUCCUUACUUUGUUUUAUGCAAAAAAAA